GACCAAACGUUUACUUAAAAGUUGUACUCUCCAUCUUUUUUGUUCAGAGUAUUUUCCAUGACUGUGGAAUUCAGCGUCAAUGGCAAGGCAAGCUGAUCAGAAAGAAGAAGAAGAAGAAAAAGACUUGGAAGGAGAAGAAAAAUGGGUGAAGCAUUAUUCAUCAAAGCACCAAAUAUUAUUGGUGGGUGAGGGAGAUUUCUCUUUCUCUCACUCUUUGGCCAACUCUUUUGGCUCUGCCUCUAAUAUCGAUGCUACUUCUCUAGACCCUUAUGAUGAAUUGAUCAAGAAGUACAAGGAAGCAAAACCAAAUUUGGAAAACUUAAAAAAGCUUGGAGCUUCUGUUUUACAUUGUGUGGAUGCAACUAAAAUGAAGUCACAUACGGAUUUGAAAAUGAGGAAAUUCGAUCGAAUUAUUUUCAACUUUCCUCAUGCAGGCUUUCAUGGAAGAGAAGAUGAUGCCCAGUUAAUUGCCAAGCAUAGGAGUCUUGUUUACUGCUUCUUUAGGAAUGCCAGGAGCAUGCUUCGAGCAAAUGGAGAAAUUCAUGUGAACCAUAAAACUAAAGCUCCAUUUUGCGAUUGGAAGAUACAUGAACUUGCUUUGGGAAACUGUUUGUCAUUGAUAGAGUGUGUUGAUUUCAAGAUAGAAGACUAUCCAGGCUAUAACAAUAAAAGAGGGGAUGGCAAUAGAUGUGAUGAACCUUUCUAUUUAGGUGAAUGCAGCACCUUUAAAUUUAGAUGGUUCAGCAAAUCUAACAAGAAGCAUGGAGUGGCUUCAAAUAUGAGCUCAAGACGUGGAAUACCUCAACAAUUUCAAGUAGGAAAACCAUCAUACUCCUCACUUUUCAGGAUUUCUCAAAGAGGACAUGUUGUACCCUCAGAUUACAAUCCUGAUCAUUCUGCAUUUCCAGUAACCAAGCAAAUACAGAAGAAGCCAAGUUCAAUUGAUGUAAGCUAUCCACUAAAAGGGUACAAUACAAUAGUCGAUCACAGCCCUCAACAUGUAGCAGUACUACCAAUGACACCCAGUUUCCAAUCUCAGCCAACUUCAUUCGGUUUUGCUUAUCCUCAAACAGAUCGCAUCAGCAAUAGUAGUCUCAACUUUAGCCAUGGAGGGUUUCCACCAACAACCUUGGACAGGAAAGAACAUGUUGGUUCGUUUUUCUCGUGCAUUGGAUAUAUGACAGAAAUCUCUGGAAGAGCGGAUAACAAUGUGCAAUAUCCAGACAACGGGUUGAGACUUGAUAUUAAAAGAGAGUUGGCUAUGUUUCCUAGAAGAACCUUGAACGGUGACAGAUAUUUUUGGAAUGAACUUCAACAUCUGAGUUCUCUUCCGUUCUGUAGAAGACAACGACAACAUGGCAGGGAAGAACAUUUCUACAAGCGAGGUGAUUAUUGUUAAAUACCAUGACUUAGCAUGAUCUACUGUUCUGUUGUCGGAUUUCUGUCAGGUUGCUUGGGUGGUGAAACUGUGUAAAAAACGAAGCUGUUUUUGUGAUGCUGCUCUAAAAUGUCGCAAGUAGUUUAUGAAUUAUUGGCAUAAUCUACUUAUGUAAUAUGUGUUUCUGUGUAUUAUAUGAAGUUAAAUGUGGUUAAAAAUGCCAUGGAGCUGCCUAAUAGAAGCAGCAGAUGAUAAUUGCUGUGGCUAUUUAUUGAUAAGAAUAUUUUGGUGAUUGAAUCUCUCUUAUUCAGUUUUCAACUAGAAUUAAGGGUGCUUCAGAAUCACGGGACUGAUGUUCUUUGUUCUAUUGAAAAUAUUGUAUGUCAAUUUGGGAAAAUAUUGGAUGUU